AUGUCUCCAGCACCGCCUCCACAUCCAGCCUUGGCCGGUCCAGCAUCCAACCAGAUGGCGAUUUUCGAGCUGCUGCAGUCUCGUGUAGCAGCAGGGGCAUCGCCCCGAGAUGUCUGGAGUCCCAACUACGUUCCCCUUGGACGCAAAAGUGGCGCGGGACCUUCAAGAACAAAGCCGCCAAGCGCGUCAAGGACCAGUGCGCAUGCCAAGAGCGCCGUUGCAAACGCUACAGGAGAGAUACCUGCUGGCUGUCCAAUGCACAAGGCCGGGUCAGAUUCGAAGGGGUCGUCGCCAUUCUCAGCUGCGAGCAGGUCGUCGGCGCCGACGCCAGCGUCUGCCGAUGAGUCGCACGCCUCCACCUCUGCCUCCGGUGGCAAGAGUCUGACUUCGAGCUUGAAUCCGCUCAACUACAUGCCUUUUCUCUCUCAGGCGCGGGAGUCGGUCAAGCAGACUGUGGAGCUAUCGACCGAGCGCACAGUCAGCUCAAUACCUCGAAGUCAAUCAUCUGCUCCAGCGGGUGCUUCUCCUUACGACGCGCCUGCUUCCACCUCGGACGGCGCGUCGAGCUGCCCCGUCAUCCACGAUGCCACAGGCGGAUUGUCAAGCAAGGAAGCGCAAGCGAGCAACUGGGAAUACCCUUCGCCACAGCAAUUCUACAACGCGCUGGUGCGAAAAGGCUGGGAAACGCCAGAGGAACACGUCGAGAUGAUGGUGUUGGUACACAACUUCUUGAACGAGGAAGCCUGGAAACAAGUGCUGGAGUGGGAAGAAAAGUGCGGCAGGUGAGCAGAAUGCGCAUAUGACUUGUUGGCGCGGAUGCCCUCGCUUCACAAUUUACUGAUCACUGUUCGACGAUAUGGCUGCAGAGAUUCCAAGUCCACAUCCCUCGUCAAGUUUCAGGGGCGUCCAGGCACCUUGUCACCCAAAGCUAGAUUCUACUCGUACCUCGGCGCCAUCGCACCCAACACUUAUAGGUGAGCAGCUAUGAGUGACGCGCAUGAUUUCUGAGGGAUGGCUUAUCUGAAUGCGCAACCCGCCUGUGUCCAGCUCCGAGCCGCCGUUCGACCGGCACGAUUGGGUCGUUAGAUCAUCGCUCAAGUCGGCUAACUCUGCCUCUACGGCAUCAUCACCGCAAGGCGAUCAGAGAUAUGUCAUCGACUACUACUCUGGACCUGACGAUCCAGAGACUGGAGAGCCCGUGUUUCACCUGGACAUCAGACCGGCGCUGGACUCGCCUGCGGCUGUCUGGCAUAGAAUCAGAGCUACUUGGGAUGACUAUAGAACGGGAGCAGGAUCUGUAGAGGUCAAGGCUGCUUAG